CGACUGUGCUUAAACGCAGCAUUAGCAUUGGCUACCUAGCCUGUGAUCACUGCAGCUGUCACACUCGUGUGGGCACCAGGUGGACAAGCAGCUGACGACACGCACUCCCAUCUGAAGAGGCCAUGGCACGUGGGCAUCAGAAGGUUCAGUCUCAGCAGAAAAAUGCCAAGAAACAGGCAGAGAUGAAGAAGGGCAAGGGUCAGGAUCAGAAGACGUCGGCCAAGGCGGCCCUCGUGUUCUCCUGCGGCGUGUGCCUGUCCCAGAUGCCCGACCCAAAGACCUUCAAGCAGCACUUCCAGAGCAAGCACCCAAAAUCUCCUCUACCCCCUGAGUUAGAGGGAGUGGAGGCAUAAUAUCUCACCCUGGAUACCGAACCGAGCUCACCCUGGAUACCCCCCCCCUCAAGCCCUUAUUUUUGCUUAUGUUUGAACACAUCAGGGCCUAAACACAAAUGCUGGUUUUGAUUUCAGGGCCCCUGACAAACUUUCUAAUUCAAGUGGUGAAUGAAAACGUUGCUUCAGGAAUAUUUCUCGCUGCUAGCUCUUGUACCUCUUUAACUGAAGCUUUAAUAGAUCGAGUGUGUGAUUAAACCUUUAUAGCCAGCAUGCCACAUGAGGUAAACAGCGUGCUUACUAGCACAUGUCUGAAAUGGAUGAAAAAUAGUAUAAUUCAAAUUUUCCGGUUGUCGCAAAUGUGGCCUAAUCUUUUUCUAUUGCUAAUCGAGUGUUGAAUAAAAUGGAGGCAGUGCGAUGUUCUUUUCUGAUACCAGUCCGCCCACUCUGCUGUUUGCCUGUUGUACUGCAAUCUUUCACCUACGUAAUCACAACUUUAUGUCGGGUCAUAAAGAUGUGAAAUUUUAAUUUCCGAGCUGCUUCCUGAAUUACGACUUAAUAAAGUUUCACUGGAGCUUGUCAACAUUUGUACACUUGGGAAAUGAAAUCAUGCUCGAAUUAUGUAUUAUAGCAUUUGAUUAAAUUUUACUUUGUUGUAUA